AUGGUUCGGGUGGAGGUGAAGUGGCAGAAGGAGGUGUUCAAGGACCUGGAGGUGGACAUCUCCGCCCCUCCCGCCGUGUUCAAGACGCAGCUCUUCUCCCUCACGGGGGUGGCCCCCGACCGCCAGAAGAUCAUGGGCCUGAAGGGGGGCCUGCUCCGGGACGACGCCGACUGGGGCUCCACGGGGAUCAAGGACGGGUCCCGGAUAACGAUGCUGGGCACUGCGGGGGCUGUGCCGGUGGCCCCCACCCAGGCCCCCACCUUCCUGGAGGACCUGCCGGAGGACCAGCAGGACGUCAUGGGGCUCAGCAAGUACGGCGCGGGGCUGGAGAACCUGGGCAACACCUGCUACAUGAACAGCACGCUGCAGUGCCUGUAUGGCGUGGAGGAGCUGCGUGAGGACCUGGCACGAUAUGCCGCGGCCUCGCUGACAUCCACGGACCCCAACGCCACGCUCACCACGGCGACAAAGUCACUGUUCUCCUCGCUGUCCACCUCGGCCCAGCCCGUGCCGCCCAUGGCCUUCCUCCUGAGCCUCCGCAAGAAGUUUCCCCAGUUUGCUCAGCAGGCCAGGCAAGGCAUGGAGGAGGGCUACUACAUGCAACAGGACGCGGAGGAGUGCUGGACCAACCUGCUGUACGUCCUGCGCGAGACGCUGCAGGGGUCCUCCCCCGCCGCCGGCUCGGCGGUGGAGCGCCUGUUCGGCGUGCGCCUGGCGGCGCGCCUGACCUGCGCCGAGAGCGGCGAGAGCCUGGAGGAGGUCGGCACGGCCUACACGCUGAAGUGCAACAUCAGCGCUGAGGUCAACCACCUGGCCGACGGCAUCCGCCUCGGCCUCAAGGAGGACCGGGAAAAGACCAGCGCUGCACUGGGGAGGAUCGCGCCGUUUGUCGGGUCGUCCCAGAUCACGGCCCUGCCGCCCUACCUGACGGUGCAGAUGGUUCGCUUCUACUACAAGGCGGACGUCCAGCAAAAGGCCAAGAUCUUGAGGAAGGUGGCCUUCCCGGCGCAGCUCGACGUCUUCGAGUUCUGCAGCCCCGAGCUGCAGGCCGAGCUCAAGGCCCCCCGCGAGGCGGCCAAGGCGGCCGAGGAUGCCAAGGCCGGCGCGACAAAGUCGGGGUCCGGUCCAGCCGCGGCAGGCGACGCGGCCCCCGGCCCCAGCACGGCUGCGGGGCCUGCAGAUGCCCCAGCACCCGCCACCAUGGCAGCAGCAAACACCCCUCCCGCCGCCAACAGCGGCGCGCUCACCGCGCGGUACGAGCUGUGCGGGGUGCUGACGCACAAGGGGCGCAGCGCUGACUCGGGGCACUAUGUCGCCUGGGUCAAACAGGGCGAUGGGCGCUGGAUCUUGUUCGAUGACGACCGCAUGGAGGUUCGGGAGGAGGCCGACGUGCUGGCCCUGGCAGGCGGCGGCGACUGGCACAUGGCCUACCUACUGGAGGAUCCCAAGGCACAGGCCUGA